GGUCCUCCGCAGCAGCUACCUCGGAGCCGCCGUCAGAGUUGGCAGCCAGCUUGCUUGCUGCUCCAUCAUCGCGGACUGAUGAUGUUUUCUACGCUUCAGGAAGAAGUGCAACUCCAGGCAGGAUCCAAGGAACUUCUUUGAUUGAGUCACAUCUAACAAACACUGAACAAGUAAUGUUUAAUCCAACAGUACAGUAUGAACCACAAGUACAAAAUAAUCGUGUCAGUCUUUAUAAGACUGUACAGGAGAAAUAUGAUUUCAAGCAAGGAAUACAGCAUCAUGUGCCAGUCCAUAACCUUCAUAGGAUUAGACCACUUAUAGCUCAUAUUUUGCAAACAACGAAGCCACCAUCGUGGCAUAGUGGAAGUAGCGUUUCACUUAACAGCUAUAUCGCAAUGAAAUCAACUUUGAAAAGUCGCUUGUUUUCUUCACCUGUGACUGCUACUGAAUCUACUUUACAAGUAACAGAUCAUGUAGUGAAUCAACAUUCUACUAACACACCAAGUGUAGGAUCUGCUACACCUAACAGUCCGUUGAAUGGGGAAAGGGAGAGUAUUCUCAGUACUACGGUACCUCAUGUUGAUAGACUCAAACAGUCAAAUGAAGAAUUGUCCCGAGACACAGCUAUGGGAGAAGUUUCUCUUGCUAAUAGCAAAGAGAAUUUAUCUUCUGGUACUAGAUCAUUAUGUUGCAAUAACUUAUCACAUUCAAGCGCUUCAGAAAGACCUAAUCAAAAACAUCAGGUUCUGUCUGAGGAGGAUCUGAGUCAGAGUGCUGUAGGAAGCAAUAAGCAGUUGCAGUGGACUUAUACAUCAGUUACAAAUGUAUCAAUUACAAACAUUAGUUAUCCCAGAAAACAAGGUUCUUAUACUUACUUACUCUCAUCAAAAAGUGCAAAACACCAGGAUACAAACAAAGAAAAAUUCACAACUAAAAUUCAGGAAAGACAGAAUGAUAAUGCUGGGAUGAAAUCUGCCAAUGGUGGAAUUAGUGUGACCAGUCUUACCACCAGCCAAAACGACAGUGUGGAUAACGUGUUUGACAAUAGCGACAGGUCAUUGCCUUUGCAUGAUGUGUCUAAAGUAUUUGUUACUUUGUCAUCCAAUCCUCAUACCACAGAGGAAGCAUUAUUCUUUGAUGGUGACAGUGAAUAUGCACCAACACCUUUGGCUUUGCCAUUAUCUGGCCUCGAAACAAGUUGGAGUGACAGUGAUCGGACAGAACAUGUGAGGCGCUCAGUAGAGUCUUUUUUGCCUAAUGACUUAUCUCCUGUGAAAAAUGUACAUGAAGAUCUUAUUGAUAAAGGCAACAAGAUUGCAGUGGCCAGUCAGAAAAAUCCAGACAGCUAUAUACAUUUCCAGGAAGGUGAUGGAAAUUAUGAGGCAGUGAAAUCAAAAACAGUCAUACUCCUUCCUGAGGGACAUAUUGGUGGUUAUGAGAAAGGGUAUGCUAUAAACAGCACACCUACCUUGAGUUUUGAGAAAUCACCAGAAAGCAGUCAAAGACUUGAAGAUGUCAGUGCAAGAAAACGUAAUGCACAAUUGCUUCUCAGCUAUAAUGGUAGUUCCUCUGUUUCAGAAGUUCCAUUCCAGAGGGAUGUAGGUGCAAAUCUCAGAGAAUUUAAUACUGGAAGGCUCGAACGCGCUGUUGACAGGAUAGACAGUUCAAAAGCAAAAAUUGUCAGUCACUUUGGAGCUGUAACAGAAGAUAAAAUGCAAGACAGAAAUGGCAUAGUCGAUGAAAUUGGAUCCAGAAAGAUUAAUGCCAUAGGUAGGAAUGAAACAAGCACAUCAUCAGCCUAUUACAACUACAGAGGUGGCGUGAAAGAUGAACAAAAUGUGAGGACUGAUAAAUUCGGUCAUUCUAUACCUCUGGAAUCAGUUGGCGAGCCAAGUAUUGAUGACAGGAAAAGCUCUGAGAUUGGUAGCACCACCACUGAAGAAGUGAGCGCUAGGAGAAUGGCUGCUGGAGAUAAAGCAGAGCCAUCUAGCCUGCUGGAGGUAGAGCACAUGUGUCAUGCCUGCUCACAGGUGUGCCACCACACGACUGCCGAAAUAGGGAGUGCGGGCAGAGUGCGCUGUGGCUGUUUCCGCGGCUACACUGUCGCUUCAGAUUGGCAGCACUGUGCCGGUAAGGUGCUGACGAAGAGACCUGCAUGCUGCAUGGGAUAGCCCUGAGCGCAUGUUGGCAGCGUAUAUUGACUACCCUGAUGUGGAUGAGUGUCUGGUCAAAGACUCUGUCUGCCAGAACGGUAUCUGCCUCAACACCCUUGGGUCCUUCACGUGCCUCUGCCGACCCGGUUACCAGCAGAUCGGCAGUGACUGUUUCGACAUUGACGAGUGUGCUAUUGGAGCAGCUUGUGACCAGCUCUGCAUCAACUUACCAGGGAGCUACCAAUGCUGGUGCCGGCGGGGCUUCACACUGUCGACCGUCAACCGCCGCCUCUGUGUCGACCUCGACGAGUGCUCACUGGGGGUGGCACUCUGUGCCGGGAACUGCCUCAACACUUUUGGAAGCUUCAUCUGCCGCUGUCCCCCAGGGGCUACACUCCAUGCUGAUGGCAGAACCUGCAUUGCCAAAGCUUUGGAAUCCAGAGAUCACUCUCCACACAUUGUGCUACACAGGGGAUCAACAGUACAGCCACCAGGAGAGCAGAGUAUGUUGGAACUGCCCACAGCACAUGCUGAUGGUAGUGCCCAAUCAGCACUGGAGAAGAGGAAGCUCCACUUGGAAACACUGCACAAUGUGGCCACACUCAGGAGCUCCACAUCCUGGAUGAAACAGAACAAAAGGCCACUCAAGACAAAGAUAUCCCAUCAGACAACUACAAGAAGACCAAACCCUAAAGAUGGGGCACAUGACGAGCACAGAGACACUGGCUCCGAGUCAGUACCUCCUGCUUUCAACACUGGCAGGUCUAGUCCUGUGCGAGACCAGGGACAAGUUCAGGACAGUGAGGCACAUGACAGAGAACACAGUCACUUGUAUGGUGCAAAUGGUGUUUCUGCAGAAAGAGGCCUGUCAGCAAGUUCCAAGAAUAUAAGGACUGGUGACUUGGGUACCAGAUAUAAUGGUAAUGUAGGUAAGCCACAGUUCACAGAUAUACUGGGACCAACAGUAGUAGUGGCAAUGAAAACAGCACAAGAAACUGAGGCAGCAGAUAUGUUUCACAUAAACAGAGUCCUAUCUGAGUCUCAAGUGACUACUGAACUUCCUCUUCAAGCUACUGACCUACCUACAACAAAAGUAUCUGGAGUCGGAUCAGCAAAACGGAGUCAUCAGCCACAGGACGAAUUACAUCAGACACAAGACGAAUUACAUCAGAGCACUCAAACAUCGGCCUCUGUUGGAAAUACAGUAUUCGGAAUUUACUCGAGGCAAAACAAGCGCCGGAGCUGCGUCCCAAUGUGCAGGAACGGAGGAACGUGCAAUACUGCAGCUGGAGCAUGUACCUGCCUGGCAGGCUUCCGUGGCCGCUACUGCCAGCUGGAUCGCAAUGAGUGUAUAGAGGAAGAUAGACCGUGUGGCAGCCACCUGUGUGUGAAUGCGUGGGGCUCAUACCGGUGUCUCUGCCCUGCCGGCUACCGCACUUCGGCAAGUGGGACGUCGUGCAUCCAGGAAAAUGCCUGGCGCGAUCUCCAUGUCGCGAACAUGGUCAUAGAGGAUCGGCAGCCGACCCCUCUGCCACCGCCUUCUGCUGAAAAUGUAACAAUUCUGCAACAUUUCAGCAUUGCAACUGAAAGAGAAAAAAGUGUAACUGAGGUGACCACUGUCAGUCCUAAACUGGGCACUCGGGAAUGGCCACUGGAAGAAUUGGUGAAGAAUGGAAGUGUAAGCUCAGAAAACAUUGCAGAUGGAAAUAUCUCCAGCAGUAAUUUAAAAAUAUAUGGGCCCUCUCCAGCUAUUUUGCAGAACAACACUGACAAGUAUUCGAGUAUACUAUCAGAAAUGCUCACCUACAGUUUUGCACUAUACACCAAUCCUGGCUCAAGGGCCACGACAUUUGCCACUACUUCAGCAGUUACAGAAGGAGCUGUUGGUAGCAAUUCAUCCAGCAGCAGCAGUCAAGCAAAGAAGCCCACAAAAACAACGCCAUUAGAUGAUGUUUCUCAAGCAGUCACUUAUACUGUUGCUGUUGUGCCUAAACUUUAUGAGCAUAGAUUUUCAAAUGUUUCUUCCGUGGGGUUAGUCAAAAACAUGAAGAAUGCUAGAGAGUCUGUUCAAGAAUAUGUAUCUGGAGAGUACACACAGUCUAACAAAUUGAACACAAAUGUGCACAAUUCAGUACCUUUGAUAAAUAGUGCUUCUAACGAAUUGUCAGAAAGCUUGGAUGCUUCUACACUAAUGGAACAUUCAACUACAAAGAAUCUUAGUGACCCAGAGAUAAAAGUUAAUGUAUCACACACGGGUAGAAAUAGCAGUUCAUCAGUUACAUCUAAUGUUUAUGACACUCAGUCCGGUUAUGAGCCUAAAUCGAUAACAAGUGAUGACAGAAAUUUAAAUGCCAAGGAAAAUAAUGCUGUGAACAAAACCACUAUUCAGAGUGACAAGCCUGGGGAACACAAUUUGACUGAAAAAGAUUCAGCAGGCAGUCUACAACAACCUGCAGUUUCUUAUGUGGCAGAGAACAGCAUAAACACCUCAGAUAUCGGGACAGCCUCGAGUACAUCCGGACAAAGUAUUCUACACACAGAUCAUAAAUUGGUCGAGCACAGUGGAGCGGAUAUGUUAUGUACCACGUUACCUUCAACUGACAGUGAAGCUCAAGAUUUCACCGCACUGCCAACAGUCACACAAAAAAUGGAACUUGUGAGAGAAGAACAAGAUACACUGGAAUUAAAAAUUGAGACACAGCAUAUUCAGAAGCCAGAUGAAACAAAAUUCAAAUCCAUAAAGAUGAAGAAAGUCAGGUCCAGUGUGGAGAAAAUGAAUAAACAAACAAAAAGCCAAGAAGAGAGAAGUGGAGAGAUGGGAAGAGGGCGCAUGGCAGCUUCAAGACCGCCCGAGAGUAGAAUGUUCCUCCUGGAGCCACUGCCAACUCUGACCCCGACCACAGCCGGUACACUGCCACCGUUGCCUACUCUCGGAGCCCCACCACAGCCUGGAGCUGACUGCUUCUUCAAGUAUCGCAGGAUCCCAUCAGGCCAGAGCUUCUACAAGGAUGCCACAAACUGCACUAGUUGCAUAUGUCGGGACAGUGAGGUGAGAUGCGAGAAGAGGCAGUGCCCUACAGAGCCGCUGCACUGCGAGGAGCCAGUGGCCGGCCGCUGCUGCCGACACUGCCCACAGGACUGCGUCCUGGAGUCGGGUGAUGUGCUGCUGCCGGGGGAGACGUGGACAUCGGCUCUGGAUCCUUGCAGGGUCUGCCGCUGUGCUCCAGGGAACCCUGGGCGCACUGUCUGCCACGAUGUGGAGUGCCCGCCCCCUGCGUGCCCAGCCCGGGACGCGGUGCUGGUGGCAGGCGAGUGCUGUCCUCGCUGCCCACCCUCGCCUGGCUGUAUCCAUCGAGGCCGCUUCCUCUACGAGGGCCAGCUGUGGCUCAACCGUGAACACGGUUGCCACUCCUGCCUCUGCAAGAACGGCCAAGUGGAAUGCAGCCCUGUGGAGUGCACACUGCAGUGCUACCACCCACAGCUCACGCCUGGUGAGUGCUGUCCCCUGUGCAAGGGUUGCCAGUACGGCAGCCGCACAUACGACGAUGGCCAGCUGUUCCCGCACCCAUCGCUGCCCUGCACCACCUGUGUCUGUCAGCAAGGAAACAUCACAUGCUAUCCAGAGGUGUGUCCAGUGGCCAACUGCUCACACCCCCUGCUGGCUCCCUCUGGGGGCGACAACAGCGGCAGCUGCUGCCCCCGCUGCCUGCACUGCCUCCUCGAGGGACAGAGGCUGCUGCACAGCACCUCCAUCCUCCUGCUGUCUGCCAACACCACCUGCCACAACUGCUCCUGCUAUUACGGCAAUGUGAGCUGCUCGCCCACACCCUGUGAGACGACAUCGGGCUGCCGCCUGGAGAGCGGGGCAGUGGUGCCACUAGGCUCGCAGUUCUGGCCAGCGCAGGACGUGUGCACCGUCUGCCGCUGUAGCGAGGGCGGCCGCGCCCACUGCCAUUCCGCCGACUGCCCCGGCCCCCCCUGCACGCAUGGCGUCCUGCUGCCCAACAGCUGCUGCCUCGACUGCUCCAAGUGCGACUACCGAGGAGAACUGUUUGAGGAGAAGCAAGUGUUCCUUCUGAAGACAGACCCUUGCCAGAGCUGCAGCUGUGCUGGAGGCAACGUCACCUGCCACGACAUCUGCGGCGAUUCGUCUGCUGUGAGGCUGCCCGGAGACUGAAGCGAGAAAGAAGCCUGGUACCUGUGAACACGAAGCGUCCGCUACUGUUAUUGUCCUAGAAUCGAACAGAUCCAAUUGUUGUGCUAAACAGAAAGUGCAUUUAUUGGGGAUGGGUUGGUUGGGGGCUAUUUGUAGAUGGAGGUCUUGUAUUUUUAUCCACAUUGGAUACUGUAAUGUACAAAAAUUGUGGGUGAUGCUUGUGUCUUUUCAGAAAGCGAGGAUGUUACUUACCACUUGUAUAAUUCUUAUGUAUUUGAUGCAUAGGGAAUUAAUAUUUUUGUUAUUAUUAUUAUUAUUAUUAUUAUUAUUAUUAUUAUUAUUAUAGAGUUCUAAUUUCUCUCUCAAAUUUGGUUCAGUGCUUCUGCCACAUUUUCUCAAAUUCUAUUUGUUUUAAUUUAUUUUCAGUAUCACUCCAUGCACUAGUUUAUAACAUGAAGGAUAGAAUGAACGCUAGACUAGUAGUAUUUUAAACUCUCACAUUGUACAUUAAAUGCCUUAGAACUGUAGCACUUCGGGAUGUCACCACUGACAGAUUCCAUCCCAUUGUCUGAACAGCAUCGAUUAAAAACUCAUGUGAUACUUAAUAAAUCAUUAUCUUGUGUGUAAUGAAUAAGCAGAUAGACAGCAAGAGUAUAUUUUGAAAUAGUUUGUGGAAUAUGCACUUUGAAAAGCACAUUAGGGAGAUCAUGUAGAUGUAUAUAGUUAUCAUUAAGCACACAUGGAAGAAAAAGUGCAAACUAGAUGGUAUUGCCGUAUGGUGAAAUAUGAGACUGCCUCCCUGCAUACUGCACUAUUCCAGUGCAUCUCUUUCCUUCACCUUUGCUGGAAAUCAGUUUAAUUCCCCUUUCUGUGAAUAUCUGAAUGAAUACAACAAUGUUACCUCAUAAUCGACUUUGUUGCUAAACAAGAUAAGGAUAGCAGUGCAACAUAUUUCUACAUUUACAGUUCACAGAGCUUUUGAUAUGUACGUGAUCCUUUAUUUUCUUCCUUAUGAUGCUGGAUACUCAGAAGAGGUCAUUUUGAUUUUUUGUGUGUCAUGGUACACACAGAUUUUAAUUAGAUUUUUUAUAGGACUCCAUGUAAUAAUUAUUGCUAAUUCAUAAGUAACUGUUUGAUUUGUGACAUUAUUUUUAUCAGAACAUUUGAAACAAUUAUUUUUCCACAAUGUGCUUAUAGUUUACAAUCAAAUAAUUUUCUAAUUUGUAAUACUUAUACCCCACACAUGAGAGAUGUGCUAUUAAAUAUUUACACCUUUCCUCAGUCGGCCUAAUAUAUGGAAAAUAUGGACACUUGACCAAUGAGAGCAAUAACAGACUGCAGUAAAGUCCUAGUAAAAUGUUCAUUUUUUUAACAGAUUGUAGUAGUUUAUCUGUUUCUGGAAACACCUUAGGAGUAGUGCACUAUCAAACUUAGAGAUACUGAUCCUCAUGAACUACAUUGUCUUCCAUAAAUUUUCUCCUGCACAUUAUUAGACAGCAUGUGUUGCAUAUCAAAUUAUAAAACUUUAUACAUGUUGAAAGUCACUAGUUAUUACAUUGUGAAAUUGCCAUUUAUAUUUAUUCAGUUACAAUGGGAAAUUCUGACUGAUUGUUGUUAUAUUAUAUAUAGUUACAUCCUGUACAAUAAAUUUUAUGUGUAUUUUGAGAUUGUAAUUUAUCUGAUGUUUGGAGUAGAAUAAAUACCUACAGAAAGA